UCCAAACUUGGCAUACCCUUGCGUUACCUUGCUCUGUGCAGCAGAGUCUUUGGAAUCCACAAUCCAACACCAUAAAGGACACAGGAUCUUCCUAUUUUGACUGUGUGUGUGUGUGCGCGCGCGCGCGCGUGCGUACGCUUUCUUGAUAACAGUUUGACCACACAGCAGACACAUCCAGACGCGAGAAGGGAGAGCAUGGCGCUGCACGUCUUCGACUGCGGGCUGCUGAUGCUCUGCUGGACCAUCUUCUGUGUGGGCAUGCCGAGCGACCCCAUGUUAACAGGUCAGUCGGAAAAAGACAGGCAGGGGCCCACAGAAGAAGCAGGAUAUACUGCAGAGUUGACCCCACGUCACUCCACAGUUUCUCAUCUGGUCCCUCAAACUGCAGCGUGCUUUCUAGAAGAUGUAUUCGCUGCCAUGCAAGAGGCUUCGGGGAACGACAGCGAACUGUCACAUGGAGGUAUGACCUUAUUCGGAAUCUGUACAGCGGCUGUGAAUCUCUCAGUGCUGUUGGAGCUGGCGAUGAAAGCCAAGCGCAAGCAUAGAGAUGGACUGGAGAUGCUGCACCCUACUGAAGUGUUUUUGAUCGAAGAGGAUAACAGGAAAGCCCUCACCCUCAUUUUUGGCCUCCCACAAUCUCCUUUGCUCCAACGUACUCCAGUGCUCCUUUUGGCCUUUGAGAGUCCCGUCAGUGGAGGUGACCUGCAUGAGAUCACCUUCAUCAGUCAGUCCUUGCAGCCCAACACACAGACUGUGUGCAUCUCAGAAGGAACCCAGUACAUUCUGCUGACAGGACGAGCGUCAGUGGGACAACAAAGAUGGAUACUCUCUGUUGACAGUAAAUUGCCAGAUAUGAAAAAAAACAUCAAAGAACUUCUAGGUGGCGGGAACACAAGCAAAAGAAGCGGAGUGACUCCUGUACUUCUAUUCCAUAGGGAAGAACAAAGUGACACCAGUUCAUCUCAGCCCCUCCACCUCCUGUGUGAGCUGAGGAGGUUCCUGAAUGGCGUCCUGCCACCGCAGAACCGUCCGCUCUCGUCUCCGCUGAAGCUGGACUCCUUACAGGCUCUGCCCCCUGUGACUCUGGGCUUGUCGUCCAGCGAGUCCCUGCUGGCAGAGCUGAUGAACUCCUCUGCUCCCACCAUCUUCUCCUUCACUGGCUCAAUGUUUAACACCCACCGAGGAGAGCUGGCCAUGCCCCCUGGGCUGCUGGAAGAGCUCAGGAAGAGUUUGGAGCACAACCUGAUGCAGAUCAUGCAGGUUCUAAGAGAGAAGGAGGGAAGUCAGAGGAGCAUCAAGAGGCUGGAGAGGCUCUUGGAACUCUGUGCCUUUCCCAAGGUGGACCUGCCCUCAGGAGAAAGCCAGUACUGCGCGUUUCUUCUGUUGAAAGCCCUGAAGACGGUGGGCCGGGAGAUGUUGCCACAACUGAGGGCCACCAGAGCUGAACCCAGCGGCCCGAGGAAGGUGUGUGGCCUGAGGAGCCUCACAGUGUCCCUCGAAAGGUACCUUGUCGGCCCGGACACUGCCGACAUCAAAAACUGUCAAGGUCAGUGCACGGUACCACUGGUCAACACCAAAAGCCACGCCGUGUUGGUCAACUUCCACAUUGAGAACGGAAACGUGCAAGAGCGGGCGCCGUGCUGUGUGCCGGUGGCCUAUGAUUCCCUGGAGGUGGUGGACUUGAACCAGCAUGGGACGUUUCUCUCUGUCUUCGGCGAUGUGGUGGCGAAGGAGUGUGGCUGUCGCUAAAAGCUGAGAUGGCUGAUAUACGCUCAUCAGACACAACAUUAGAUACACUAUCUAAUCCGAACCAAUAUGAGGUGUUCCGCCUAUAGUGGGUUCUUUUCUUUCCAUGUAUUUAUUCACAAUAUUCACAAAGUAGUAAUAAUACACUGGUGCAGAUAGCAACAUAUUUUUAAAAAUUCCUUCAUAUAAUCUUCACUGUAAUCACUCUUUUCACUACUUGUGUGUUAACAUAGUCAGUGUUUCCCAUGCAUUCAUUUAUUUGUGGUGGGUCGCCACAAAUAAAUUUGGACAGUCACAAUUUCGUACGUAACUCUGCUUCGUAAUACACCUUAUAUGCACCUGGUUGGACAGAAAAUAAGAUGUAGCAGGAGGGAUCAGUGUUUCUAAAUACUACUUACUAACUACUACCGGUACUUAAGUAUUCAUUUACAAAAAUGACAAAAACAAGCAGUAGAAGAAAGUUAAUUUGUAUUUAAUAACAUACUUGUUUUGCUUUUCAUGGCCAAUGAUGCAAAUUAGACAAUUACAUCAAUUAGUGCCCCACCCCAACUCACCACCACGAAUAGACUGCAGUCCUGUGGGAAACACUGACGGUGUUGUUGUGAUGCUAUCAGCCAUUAAUGUACAUUAAUACUCUCGAGAAUACUAAACAAUUAUCAUUAAAUGCAAACUAUGCUAA